AUGGCGGAAGGCUCCGAGGGAGCGGCUCCCGCGGCGGGAGACGCGCCGGGAAACGCCCUUGGAAACGCGGCGGGAGAUGCGGGAGGGUGUGGCGGGAGCGGUGACGGCGGCGCGUGGAAGUGGGCGGUGCGGAAGGGCGUGUGGGACGAGCUGGAGGCUCGUGACGUGGCACGCCCGCCGCGCCCCGUGCACCACCGGAUUCCUAACUUCGAUGGGGCGGACAAAGCUGCUGCCAUGCUCGCAUCAUUACCCGAGUUCCAGGCAGCAGGGUGUGUGAAGGUCAACCUCGACACGCCUCAGAAGGCUGUGCGGCUGGCAGCUCUGCAAGCCAACAAGCUCCUGCUCACCCCCCAGCCACGCCUGCGAACCGGCUUCUUCUCGCGCCUCUCUGCCGCCCACAUACCGCCCGACCAGCUGCUCGCCGCCUGCACGGCGGCCGGCGUGGCUCGGCACGGAGUGCCGGUGGCGCUAGAGGACAAAGUUGGCGUGGAUAUGGUGGUGCUGGGGUCUGUUGCUGUUGACCCCACGACUGGUGCCAGGCUGGGGAAGGGCGAGGGCUUUGCAGAGUUGGAGUACGGCAUUCUGAGGUGGAUGGGGGCGGUCACAGACGACACUCCUGUGGUCACCACUGUGCACGACUGUCAGCUGGUGCAAGCGGGCGCCAUUCCAACCAGCAAGCUGAGGCAGCACGACCUGCCAGUCGACAUCAUCUGCACGCCCACUCAGAUCAUCCGAGUGACUUCCAAGAUUCCCAAACCCUCAGGUAUCUACUGGCACCUGCUGUCCCCCAGAAACUAG